AUGAGAAUUUAAGCAACAUCAUUUAGACUGCCAGCAUUAAAAUUAUAACCCAAAGACUCGUAUUAAUGUCUCAGUUAUGGAGAUAAUAAUCUUUCAAAUUCUUCCAUGAUUAAAUACUAGAGCAGUCCCCUCAGAAAUUAUGAUCCUUCUCCAAUUAAAAAGAGAGUUCGAGGAAUGACUAUAGCCAUAUAUAAUAGUCAAGAAAAGCUCAAGACAGCUGAUUAUCGAAAUGGAGGGGAAUUCAUUACUUAGAUCUAACAAAACAAUUAAAGCACUUCCGUUGUCAAUACAUUUAGACGAUAUCGAAGUAAACUUAAGUAAUUGAUGUAACCUGCCAAAGAUGAAGGAGUAAAUUCAAGAGACCCUCGUUUAUUUUCAUUUAAAGAUCCUGGUGCUACUAUUCGACUUGACAGAUUGAAUAAUGAUCGUAAGGAUUAGCAAAUUUAAGAAAAAGUAACUCAAUUAAUGGGCAAGGUUAGAUUGCUUUUUUCCUCUAGAUAGUGCUACCAAGAACCCCUGCAUUAAGACACUUUCCAAGUCACACUUGUAAAACUCAAAGAUGAAUAUGAUUGUUUAUACUAAGAUUUCAAUGACUACUAUGUCUAAAAUAACAAAUUAGAUAAAUAAGUCUUACAACUACUAAAUCAUAUGGAGAUCAUAGAGACUCUCCUUAAGCCAAAACAGCCCAUUAAAAUCAAAAAGUAUCAACCACAACAACCCAACAUAAUUCAACCAGAAUAUUAAUCUCCUAUUGUUGAAGCAUAAGAAAUUGUGGAAGAAACACCAUAACAAUCUAUAAUUGUUGACAAUCUGCAAUCUUCACCUUAAUAACCAAACCAAUUAUCAAUUCAUGAACAAAGAGAGCAAAGCGUAUUCACUCCUCUUACAUCUAAAUAAUAUAAUGAUGAUUAAUCAAUCAGUGAUUUGGAAAAUGAUUAAUCUAAUAAAGCAAAUAUGCAAAAAAAAAAGAAAUAAAAAAGUAAAAAAAGCCCCUUAAAGUCUUAAAAGACUAUUGCCGUAUAGGAGUCAAUAUUAGAUCUAAAUGCUUUAGAAGAUUACACUUAAGUUCCUCAAUCAAUAUCAUCUCAAACGAAGAUUAUAUAAAGAUCAACUCCUUAAAGCAAUAAAACCAGACCUAUCUAAUAUGAAGAUACUCCUGAGACUCCACAAAACAUAGAAGAAGAGAAUAGUACUUAGUUUGAAAAGCCUGGCCUUAAAAGAACUGUGAGCAAUUUGGGAUCUAUGAGUAAGAAAAGAAAUACUGUAUUGGAAAGUAAGGAAGGGUUGAAAAAAAAAUAAAAGAAGACAGGAACGAUUUCAGAACAAGAUGAUAGCGAGUAAGAGGAGGAAAAACAAAACAAUACAUAAAUUGAGAGUUAGAAUGACUCAAAUGAUGAAUAGCAAUAGUAAUAGUAAAAUAGGAUCACAAGUUUAGAUUUUUCUUUUUUAGAUAUGUUAAUAGCAUCCCAAAAUAUUUAUAAGCAUCCAUUUUAUUAAAAUUGGGAGUAUCACACUGAUGAAAUUAUUAAGGGAACUUGUUUUGGUGAAUAUGAUUUAUGA